AUGAAAAGACACCAUAAAACUGAUUUAAAUAAAUGGUCUGAAUCAUUGAUAGAAGUACAUAAAAUGCAGCCCAAAAUAGCCGAUGCUUUUUCUGGUAAAAUUAAUAAAUAUGGUCCGUCACAUCCUAAACAAAUUGAGUUAACUGAUAGUAUUAUUCAAGAUUUGAUUAUUGAUCUUGGGCUUCCAUUAUCACUUGUUGAGAGACCAGCAUUUAUACGCUUCAUGAAAAAAGCGGAUCCAAAAUAUGCAGUCACAAGUCGACGCACUAUUACAAGACAAAUGAUACCAGAUUUAUAUGACAAGAUGCGAAAAGGUUUACAAGAAUUUUGUAACACUGCUCAAUUUAUUUCAUUAACACUUGAUAUUUGGACUGAUAGACGUAUGAGAUCAUUUUUUGCGGUAACUGGACAUGCAAUUAUUAAUGGUGAUUUCAAAUCGUACGUGCUUUCAUUUUUACCAAUGCAAGGUAUUCAUACUGGUGAUGCUUUGUUCGCUGAAUUCGAAAAUGUGGUUUCAACAUAUUCCAUUAGAGACAAACUCGUACGUAUAGUAACUGAUAAUGCUUCAAAUAAUAUAAAAGCUUUUGAGCAGUUAUUCGUUCCAGGCUUCGAAGUAUACUUUGAGCCAGAUGAAGAUGGGGUUGAUCAUUUAAGUGAAGGCGAUGAGGAGGCAGUUAAGUCCAACAAGGAUGCUGAUGCUGCUGGGUUAAGUACUAUCGAGAAAAGCUUUGAUACAGCAACAAGUGAUGCAGGAGGUUUACGUAUACCUUGUUUUCCACAUACACUCGAGCUAGUAGUUAGAGACGAUUUAAACAAUUCAAACUGUGCGAAGUAUUCAUUAUCUAAGGUAGCAAAAAUUGCUAAAUUAAGUCAUAAUAGUACAAAAUUUUCUGAACAGCUAGAAAAACUAAGUAUAACUAUACCUACUGCUGUUCCUACUAGAUGGAACAGUCAGUAUGAUUGCGUAUGCAAAAUUUUGGAAAUAGCUAAUGAUUCAAGAAAUAAUUUAAAUCAGAUGUUAACAGAUAUAAAUAAAACUGAUCUCCGUUUACUUCCAAGAGACUACGCUAUAUUAAACGAGUUUGUUUCAUUAUUUGCACUUUUUGCCGAAGCCACGAUAAAAACCCAAGCUGAUAAGUCACCUUCCAUCAGUCUGGUAGCACCAAGCUUGCUUGGUAUUUAUCUCGAUCUUCAGCAUGAAUUACAGAAUAAUUGUAAUCAUACAACUUCUUUGUGCAAGACUCUUUUAACAUCAUUAAAAUCACGAUUUGGUGGUCUAUUGGAAAAACUGUAUAUUAAUAUUGAUGAAAGUAUUUUAAGAAGGUCUACUUAUCAUCUUUAUUCUGAUAAUAUAUUUUUAAUUUCACCACUACUUGACGCAAAAUUUAAACUUAAUUGGACAAUUAAUUCUUCUCUUCCUGAAUGA